UUUAAUGUAAAGCUUGUGAAGACGAUGGCUCAGGUCACCGGAUUAAAGGAUAUUAAUGAAUUAGACUUGAGGAAUGUGGCUCUGGUGGGGACAGGACUGGAUGCGUGUUUGCGAGGUGACCUGAAGGGUACAACAAACCCGGCGGUUCUGAAACUGCUCAGUACUGAAAGCUGUGCCUGGCUGUCUCGGGUAAAAAAUGCAGUGGCGCUGGGCAGAGGGUGUAAUGAGCGGAUCAUGCUGCCACUCGGUGUGUAUAGGAGUCGUUCGCUGAUCGGCUUGCUUUGGGAUUGGAUGCCUGAAGGUUCUCUUCAUUCUCUGCUCUAUGAGACACACCUGUAUCCAGAAUUGCCCAUGGCCAUCAAGCUACAGAUACUGUUGGAUGUGGCCAAAGGUUUAAACCACCUGCAUGGCAUUCCUUUGCCUCAUGGAGCACUAAAGACCACCAACGUUCUCCUUGACCAUCAAUACCAUGCUAAGUUGUGUGACUGGGGUCAGCAGAUGGGCGUGGAAGUAAAAAUGCAUGUCUCCAAUGGUGGUACACCAUGUUUUAGAGACCUUGUCCACCUGGCACCAGAGGUUAUACUGGGAAAUACACCCACUUUAAAAGCUGACAUAUACAGUUUCGGUGUGAUGAUUUGGGAGGUUCUGAACAGAAGGCCACCUGGUCAAGGUCUUGAUCAGGCACGGACACUAGUCUUUGGGCAGUAUGGAGUGGAUGCAGGUGUUGCCAUUAGGAUGUUGCCCCCAGAAACUCCCCGCUGCCAUGCCCUUACUCAGCUUAUGAUAAGAUGUUGUUCAGCUCUGCCAGAACGACGCCCACAAGCAGAAGAGUGUGUAGUGGAACUCAGGAAGGCUCUAGAAUCAGGUCAUUUAGAUACUUUUACUACAGCUGUUCACCUUUUACAAUCAUGCAAGGAGAGGGCAGUGCUUAGCUGCAAACACUCCCCAUCAUGGGCACUACCUAUUGAGCUCAACAACCUGGAGGGCUAUGGUGGCUACACGCAUCCAAAAAACGUGACAUGUAAAACCAUUCCAGUGAACACGCCUUUCUCAAAGAAAACUGCUUCUCAGAUCCCAAAGUCAGAUGAGAUUAUUGCAAGACAAAACACCUCAUUUCACACAAAACCGAGGGCUUCCUCUCCGACUGGAUGCUGUAGGGAUAUUACAAAUAAUUCAGUGGGAUCAUCCAGCAGUUCAUGCGAAAACCCUGGGUUCAGACAGUGCGUUGGAGUUUGGGGUGGAACUCGGGGGCAGGCUCCUACACCCCAGAACACACCAUGUGGCUCCCCCACAUCACCCAUACAGGGCCCUCUACAACAUCCCAGUGCUGCAAAACAAGCUGUAAGUCAUGUUUCCUCUGGCCGGACCUGUGGUCAGCUGUUGCAGGAGAGACGUGAAGCCAUCGUGCACUUCAUGACUGAGGGCCGACUCAACAAGCUGCUUGAUGUUUUGCGGGCAAGGCAAGCGGUAACACGUGAGGCUUACGAGAUCAUCAAUGCACCCAUCACUCUGAGUGCUCGCACACGCUGUCUACUCGACACCUGUGCCUGCCUGGGAGAGAACGUCUCUGUCCUAGUAGCCACCACUCUGGGUUUAGUCUCAACGGAGGCAGUGAACAGCUGUAUGCGCACAAAUAGCUUCCAAAGGGCGAGCAGUUAAGUAACAUUGCAUGUUGAUUAUAUAUCCGAAAGUAUGUGGACACCUCUUCUAAAUAUUGAGUUCAGCUGUUUUAACCAUGCGCAUUGCAGGUGCCCAGGUGGCGCAGCGGGAUAUUCCGCUAGCACACCAGCGCCGAGAUUCUGAACUUCUCGGUUCGAAACUCGGCGUUGCCACCGGUCGGCUGGGUGCCAUCUAGCGGGCCUAAUUGGCAGUGCCUCCAGGGAGGCAGUGUAAGGACCCUGAUUGGUGGAUAGAGGCGCCUGUGCAGAGUGCAUGGGUGGAAAAGGGUUCCGUUAAGGGCUGCGCGCGGGUCGGAGGAGGCGUGAGCAGCAAUAUACCCUCCUCAACUGCAAAAAAUCAGGAAUCCCCAGCAGCAGAAGACAAAUUGACUACACUAAAUUAUUUAAAAUAAAUAAUAGGCUUCAAACUUUGUGGCGACAGUUUCCUGUUUAACACAUUUAUUUUUUAGGAUUUUAACAUCAUGGUUUACACACUUUGAUUACAUUAAUGACAGGACAAGUUUAAUGUCAAACACAGUUAUGGACAAUUUUGUAUCUCCAAUUUACCUCACUUGUAUGUCUUUGGACUGUGGGAGGAAACCGGAGCUCCCGGAAGAAACCCACGCAGACACGGGGAGAACAUGUGAACCACUCCACCUGGGGAUCGAAUUCAAGACCUUCUUACUGUGAGGCGACAGUGAUACCCUCUGAGCCACUGUGCAACCCUGUUUCAGCAUAACUGUCACCUAUACACAAGGUUAACAAAAAGACAAAGUUUAACAAGUCUGGUGUUGAAGAACUUAGCGGUUUAAACAGAGCUUUGACCUCAACUUCACUGGACACCUUUGGAAUAAAUUGGAAUGUCAACUGCAACCAUUUCAAACAUCAAUCCUUGCCUUAACAAAUACUCAGAGUAAAUUGGCACACAUUCCCAAAGCCAAAAUUUUGUGAAAUCCUUCCCAAAACAGUGAAGGCCUUUAUAGCUGGAAAUAGAUGGGAGCAAAUCCACAUUUAUACCCAUGAUUUUGAAAUGGUUAGGUGUCAACAUACUUUUGAAAAUUUCACGUAGGCAUUUAAAGCUUGCAUUCCUGUGUUACUGAGAAGCACAAAGUAAUUGCACCGUUAUCUAGAAGCAUUUUCUCUGGUGAGCGUCAUGGAGAUUUUGGAUGUAAAACUUUUAAAGGUUUGAAGCUGUUAUUCAGAGCUGGACCUGAUCAAACAAAAGUUGAUUUGAUCACAGCAAUCAAAUGAACACAUUAUAUGUUGGGUGCUUAAUCAAGUGUGUGUCAUAUUAUUUGUAGGUGCUGGAUUAUUUAUAGUCCCCCUCCCUUCCUAUGCUUUGGAGUUAAAAGAGUAACUUGGAUGAGAUCACUUGUUGAUUACAAUACUUUAGAGUGUAAAAGAAAGCAUUAUGUGAACAGUUUUGUGUAUUGCAAACAUUAGCACCAACUUGGCACUAACUAAAUGUAAAUGUAAAAAGCUUUUAUGUUAGCAAGAAUCGUUAGUUUGUUACGUUAUAUAUUUUUUAAAUACUUUUUGGAGCAUGCAUUUGGACCACUUUUUAUGCUUGCAUGAUUUAAAACGUCUAAGUUGUGGAAUCUAGUAGUGCAUGUUGCACUGCAAAAGUGUUUUCUGUGAUGGUGCGGGAUUUUAUCCUGCUCAGAAGUUGAGUAUCUUGUAACAAGAGUAUUUUUGUAGUACUUUGUCUUGUUCAAGUCUUUUUGAGAAUAUUUGUGUGCCUAACUCGAAUUUAUAUCAAAGUCAUAGCCAGGGAUUAAAUUUUGGGGGGACCAAAUCUAUGGUAGGGUCCUGCCUUUGUAAAACAUUACUGCCAACUGACAGAUCAUAACAUUAUGCAAAGCUCAUGAACAGAACAUAUUUAUAUUUUUUACAUCAGUAUAUUGGGGGACGCUUUAAGCAUAUCUGAAUAUUGAAAAAGGUGUCCCCUCUCCCAAUGUAUAUUGUGAUUACAGCCUUGAUUUAUAUGGUUUUUGUGUUGUCUUUUGUAUAGACUGGUGAUGUAUUAUUAAAGUUACUUUGUUUAAUCAAAUGUUGCUGUAUCCCUGCA